AUAUGGGAAUGUAUAUCUCAAUUCGUAAUUUGAAAUUCCCACUUUAUUUUUAUGAGCAAUUACCAUUACCUCUGUGAGUGUUGAAACAUAAAAAAAAAUUGAAGUAUGUAUGACUGAAAAUAACGCAGGAGACAAGAACAAUUCUAACCUCAAAAUUAUCACAUCGCAUUUCGCGUCGUCGAUACUGGACAGUUCGGAACAAACGCUUGAAGUUGGAACGUGUACUACCGUCAUCUCAGAAUUCGGCAAAUCAUGGAUAACGUUUUCAAACUGGUUGAAUUCAGAGAAGAGAAUGACGGACAAAAAAAAUCAGUUGAUGUUAUUCCAAGUAGUUGGAUAGCUUAUGAUAAAAACACCGAUGGACUCAUGGCAAAAUUUAUGCCCCCACCAUAUGAUGAAGAGAAUUCAGCAUUACUGCAUUCACUUAUCGAAUGUUGUGCUCCAGCACCGGAGGAUUGGCCAGCUUAUGCAGUCACUGUACGCGGCAGAGCUAGAACUUAUCAAGAAGGCUUGAAAAAAUUGAGAAUACUCGACCAAAAAGACCAUGCAUUCUCUACUGACGAUGAAUAUUCUUCAAGUGACAAAGCUAGGAUGGCAAUGGAAUCCUAUAAAACGGGAGAACGGGUUUCUAACAGUCUUUGGGAGGUUCCUGAAUUGACGGAUGAAAAUCUGAAUCUAAUAUCCGAAACGUUUGAGCUAGCUACUUCGGAAACAGUAUCUAAAACAAAAGAGAAAGAGUCGACAAAAAAGAUCAAAGUGGUGCAAAACAAAAUCAUCCCCGAGUCUUUUACAAGUACUCAAAUACGACAUGAGAGCACACCUCCUCUUAUGCUAUUUAACGACAUGGUUUCGGUAAUAAAUGACUGUAAUUUAUUGAAAGUAUCCGAGACGCUUGAACCAGCAGCUGCCUCGGAGACAGUAUCUAAAAGAAAAGAGAAAGAGUCGACAAAAAAGAUCAAAGUGGUGCAAAACAAAAUCAUCCCCGAGUCUUUUACAAAGACUCAAACACGACAGGAGAGUACACCACCUCUUAUGCUAUUCGACGACAUGGUAUCAGUAAUGAAAGAUGGUGCUUCAUUGGAAGAUAUCAAAGCAGCCGUGACUAAAGGUUUCUAUGCACAAAGCCUUCAUUUGGCGCAAAUAUCGACUCAACUAGAAGAACUGAAAAUUAUGUGUACAGAAACUGUAGCCAACAAGAUGUCCGAGCUUCCAAACUUCAGCAGUCCAACCAAAAAACAUAAUUUAAUUCUGCCAUUAAAAAAUAUGCAAGACUUUAUGGACUUCGAGGCUAAACUACUCGCCGAUGAAAAAUUUCGUAAUGACAUUAUUGCAAGCAUGUGGCGGAUUGCUAGUAUUUCCGUGCCAAUGCAACAGACCGUACGGGAUAUUUUCAAAAAAUUCAUCUCUCGAGACAUUGUUGUACAAUUCACCGCAGUGAAGAAUACGGGAAGAAAGCAAGUCCUUUCCAAAACUAAAUUCUUCUCGUGCGUUCAAGAUGUUGUUAUCGCAAAAUUCGCCAGCGACGAGAAGAAAUCCGUAAGCGUCAAAGAUUUUGAGCAAGCUGUUGGCAGAGUCAUCAACAAUGCCAAGGAUUGGGAUGGAAAUCGGGCUAUACGCCAAAAAAAUUCCCAAUAAACGCGUAUUUUUAAGAAUAUAAAAUUAGACUCUGUAUCCACAUGUUCCUCAAACUUGACAAUUUAAAAAACAUAAUUUAUGUUUAUAAAACAUAAUUAUUAAUUUAUAUGUUACACAUGUAAAAAUAUUUAAAAAAAGAUUUAUA